AUGCACGAACAUUACAGACAGAUAAAAGCCAAAUACACACAAUUGACAGCGCUCCUAUUAAGAGACAAUGCCGCAUUUGUAAAUACAAACACACAGCGAAUGGGCAUAGAUUAUCCAAUAUUCAAAAGAGACAAGUCGGUGAUUCCAUUUAUUCCAUCAUCGCCGAAAUCAAAUUUCAUGGCAGUAACACCUAUAAACUUAUUUACAAAGGAGGAUCCAAUCUUACGAUAUGUUCCAACAGUGCACACAACACAACCCUCGUCAAUUACAUGGUUCGAGGGCACUGUGUUUGGCUCUAAGUCUUUCGACAGGGAUGACAUGAUCGACUUGAUGUUUUUGAGGAUUUUUGAAAAGCAAGGUUUCGAACAAAAGGCAUUGAACUUCAUACGAAGCCAAUUUGGAAGAAACCGAGAAGAUUUCCUCAGAAUUAAAAAUAGAGAAGCAAAGCUGAACAUCGGCGACCUAUUUUGCUCAAUUUGUUUAGUUUUUGGAUGUGGAAUUCACAGCAGGCACAAUCCCAAGAUAGUAAAGCAUAAUGAAGUUAGCAGCUGUAUUUGUUCUAGAAAACCUCGGGAAUCCGUGCGGCUGCCUCGAAUUCUGUUUAAUGAAAUUUCAUCGGAUCCUUUAAUAAAAAAACUGGCAUUAAAAACCUGUGUAGUGAGUAAAAUUUUAUCUCUGAGACAUAACUCGAUUAUUCCGUGCACUUUUGUCCACCAAUCAAACAUUCCUCAUACGAAAACCAUAUCGCUUUCAAACAAUUGCACAGAUCCAAAACAGUUUUAUCAGCCGUGUAGACAUACUGGCAGAUGUUCUAAUGGCAAGUGCUGCUGCAGCACUAGCGGAACUUUGUGCGAGUCUUUCUGUCAAUGUUCUAACUGUACAAAUGUAAUAUUUUGCGACUGUAAAAAGUGCAAUGAAAAUUGCGUUUGCUACCUCUCGAAUCGUGAAUGCACUGAUUUCUGCACAUGCCUAGCAAGCGGGGCAAGCUGGAAUGUGAAAACAUGCCAGUAG